AUGGAGGCUACGUACCACCUAGAUGUAAUCGUAACUGUGUGUAAUCCUUCAUGUCUGAAUGGAGGGACGUGCAUUGCUCCUAACCAGUGUCGCUGCCGGACAGGCUACAGUACUCCACGAUGUGCAGAUCUUGAUGAGUGUACUGAAGGUCCAAAUACAUGUGACAUGAAUGCAGAUUGCACCAACACAGAAGGCAGUUAUAGUUGCGCAUGUAAAGCUGGCUACUGGGGAGAUGGAAGAACGUGUACAGAUAUCGAGCCGCCACAAUUUCAAGCUGGAACUUGUCCGUCAGAUAUGGAUGUAGUUGCAGGAGCUGGGAUGGCAUACAGAAUGGUGACUUGGACUAAUCCAUCAGCUACUGAUAAUACCGGUGUUGCUCCAACUAUUGUAUGUACACCACAGUCUGGCAGUGACUUUAUGAUUGGUACUCAAGAUGUCACAUGUACAGCUACUGAUGCAGCUGGGAAUCAGGCUACACCAAGCUGCACUUUUGAAGUCGCAAUAACAGAUUAUAACGAAUGUGCUGAUAAUCCAAGUGUCUGUGACAUGAAUGCUGACUGCACCAACACACCAGGCAGCCAUACGUGCACAUGUAGAGCUGGCUACACUGGAGAUGGAAUCACAUGUACAGAAUGUGUUGAUGGGAAAUAUGGACUGAAUUGUGCCUCAGAAUGUUCCUGUGUAUCACGUGGUACAUGUAACAAAGUGACUGGUCAAUGUACAUGUGAUCCUAUACCUGGUUUUGAGCACGCUGUAUGUGACAAAGUUGACUUUCACGUGUCAUUGACACGAGCUGAUGGUUUGACCGCACCUGUUCAUGACACUCAAGCCAUCGAUGAUGUGGAACUCAUCUGCACUGUGAAUGUAUUACCAGCGGACCUGGUUGGCUCUGUAUUAAUAAGAUACCCAGAUGGGAUUGAAUACCCAACCACACUUGAUUCCAAUCAACACGUCUAUAGAAAGACAGUUAUGGAUGUACAUCCAAGAGAUAGCGGUGGCUACACCUGUUUCACCAAAAUCCAGCCUCGACCAUCUGAUUCCAUCGUAGAUAAAAGAAGUGUUUACAGUCUCUCCAUUGUAGAUCUGAACGAGUGUGCAACAAACAUGUACCAAUGUGAUGUCUAUGCCAACUGUGUUAAUGAGAAUAUGGACGGAGGAUACAGAUGUGAGUGCAUUGCAGGCUACAGAUUUGCUGCCGAUGGGGUCACUUGUGAAGAUAUUGAUGAAUGUACAGACGUUACAGUGAUGCACAACUGUGUCUUGAAUGCUGAUUGUAGAUCUGUACUUGGAAGUUUUAUCUGUACGUGUAAACAUGGCUUCUUUGGAACUGGAGACGUUUCUUGUCAAGUCUGCAAUCAGGGUAACUUUGGAUUAGCAUGUAACGAGGUGUGUACGUGUGUAGCACCAGUACCUGCACUAAAUGAUGUCGUGUGUAACAAUGUUAACGGUAGAUGCAGCUGUAAUCAAGAAUUCCCGGGCAAGGCUUGUGAUAAACGUGAUCUCAAUGUUAUGUUGACACCGGACCCAUAUCCCGUCUUAGACACACAAGGAGUAGACAACGUAGCAUUAAUUUGUUCCGUCAACCUCCAUUCAAGGGAUCUUGAUGGGCCAGUUGAUAUAACUUUCCAAAAUGGCACAGAGAUACCUGGCACAACAUUUAGCAAUCCCUCUGAAGGCAGAUAUGAGCGGACUCUAUACAACAUCUCUCUGACAGACAGUGCUACAUAUAGAUGCACAGCUACAACCAGGAUUAAUGGAGUACCUUUGUCGAAACGAGGAGAUGUCAUCUUAAUUGUUCUUGCACCUGGACGAAUCAUUUCGGUAACUGAAAAGGUAGAAGCUGAGUUGGGAGAAACCGUCGUAGUUGACUGCAUAGUAUAUGCAGAUCCUGCUCCAACUAUCACCUGGUAUGAUCCUGACUCAGUGGAGAUCGUAAACGAUGAUAUGAAAUACUCAGUUUCAAGCUCGACUGACCCAGACCAGGGGCGACUUAACAGUUCUUUAUCUGUCAAGAAUCUGAUCAGAAAUGACAACGGAAAUUACAAGUGUGAGACUCAAAACGAUUUAACAGAUGAAGUGGACCAAAAGUUUGCAGAAGUUGUCGUCCUAGAGGUUCCAGAGGUAGGCCCAGUGGCUGCCACUCCAGUGAGCUCCGAGGCAAUUGAUGUGACUUGGAUAGUAACAUAUGAUGGUAACCUACCAUUCACAUGUACAGUGGAGUAUAGAGAAGAUCCAAGUGGCAUAUUGAUAGAAUCUACACCAGGUCCUUCCCAACAGUCUCAGUCGCAUCAAAUAACUGGAUUGGAAGCCUUCACUUUAUACUCAAUACGGGUUACUUGUAGGAACAGAGUUGGAGAUGGAACACCUUCUACACUAAUCAACUCAGUUACAACCAAGCAAGCUGCCCCCAGUGCGCCUCUAAACCCUGAAGUAACGGCAGUCACUUCAGAGAGCCUUACUGUAGCAUGGGAAGAGCCUGAAAUGAAGAGAGGAACUAUAGCAUUCUAUCGUGUAUCAGUUGAAGGAGUAGUAGAAACCUACCAGAGUAAGUCAUAA